GCCCCUUGCGCGGCGCUCAUUGGGCCCUCGCCUCUCCGCCGAGGAGCGCUCUCCUCUUGGCCCCGCCCACUCCGGUGCCGCGCGUCGGGGCUGGUGGUGGAGGAGCAGAAGGAGGAGGAGGAGGAGGAGGAGGGGACGGCAGCCGGGAUAGGACAUGCACCGCAAGAGGCCGUUCAGCGCUAAGCAGAAGAAGAAGCAGCUGCAGGACAAACGGGAGAGAAAGCGGCAGGGUGAGCGCGGGAGGGGGCGGGGCCGUGCGGGAGGGGGCGGGGCCCCGCCUUGAAACAUCUGGAAGGAUGUGACAUUCCCCCACCCUCUUUGGGCUGCAUGUGGGGAGCAUCCCCCUCUCUCUUCAACAUCUGUAUUCUCACCUUUCUCUUACCUCCCCCACACAUCUCUCCCCUUUUCAUGAUGAGAAGGGACCGAUCAUUAGCAACAUCUGGUUCUCAUGCUCGCCCACAUAAACAUCUGGGUAGCAUAAGGCCACGCCUCCUCUUCCUCCUUGAAACAUUUUAGAGGGGGCGUUGGAAGGAAGAGAAAGCGUGACCUCUACCUCUCCUCCAUUAAAACAAAUCGGGAGUUGGAUAUUUAUUGGCUUCUGCAGGAAACGCUUACAUAGAAAGCAAAUCUUCUUUCCUGAAAACGUAUAGCACCUCUCUCUUCCUCUCCCUUUCCCUCUUUUCUCUCUCUCUCCCUUUUUGCAAAGCGGGGGUGGGCAGGCAUAAGUGAGCCAGGCCUUUCUGCUCACGACUUAGCACCCCGCUGCUCCCCUCCUGGAAACAAUUUGGAAGAUGAGUCUAGAGAUGUUCGCUUUCUCUCUCUGGCUUCAUGUGGGGUGCAUGCUGCUAAUUCAUGCUAAUUGACAAGCCUCAUUUCCCCCCCAUCCCCCUUUGCAUGCACGUACAUGGAAUUGUCAACUCUUUUGUGGAGCAGUCCAGUCUUCUCCUUUCAAUGAAAUAUUAAACCAGGCCCUUUUGGUAGAGGGAGCGCUAGCCUCUUACUUCUGAACCACCUUUUAAACUGUGUUCAAAAUAAAAUUUUAGGUCCGCCGCCCUCAAUUUUUGGAUAAUGGUUUCUUGAUGAACACUUGAAGGAUGAUUCUCUCUUUGGAAGGCAUUGGGGGUGCUUGCUAUAUUUCUGUGUACACCCAACAUCUGCAAUGCAGUGGGCAUUAUAGCGUUCUCUCUUUUUCUCCCACCUAAACUGCUUAAUGGAAUAAACUGCCCUUCUCCAGUGCAUCGGGAAUGCUGUGUCCUCAACUUCCCGUAGCUGGGAGACAGAAACACUUUUCAAAUAGAGAACACAACUCUUUCCUUCAGUUAUUUUGGCUUAGGGCUAUAACCAUUGAAUUUGUUCUACUAUUCAUAUUCAGUUUUGUCCCUUGCCAGAUCUUACACAUGGUUUCAACAACAGCUCUAAAAGAGCAGGGAAACUGCGAAAAUGGUGUGGUUUGUUAAGAAACAUGUUAGAGGGGAUGGAAUUAAGUAAGACGAAACCUUAAAAUGCAAUUGUAUGUAAUUUGUGUUAUAAAUAUCCGUGUUGGGUGAGCAGGAAAUCACUAGUUUUGUUCAAUAGUUCAAUAGUUGAGUAACAAAUUAAUUUUCUAUAUGGAUUUUUUAUUUAUUAAAAAAAAAGAACCCAUUAGUAAAAGGUUGCAUUAAAGUAGGGAUGUGGAACCUGUGGUCGUCACGAUGUUAAUGCCGGCUUGGACUGACAAGAGCUUCAGAGUCAGACCAUAGGCCCUCCUAGGUCAAUAUUGUCUAAACCAGGGGUGCCCAAACUUUUUUCAAAGAGGGCCACAUUUUACAAUUUUAAACCCAAAAUUGUUGAGCUUUUUUUUAGGGUUGAAGUUGUAGGGUUGAAGUUUUUCUGGGGUUUUACCCCGGGGGCCAGAUUUAAUCGACCGGAGGAACUGAACAUUGAACUUUCUGCAUGCAAAACAGAUCCUUUGCAGCUAAGCCAGGUCUCUUCUCCUGGAGUCCCCCAACAACAUCUGGAGGGCCACAAGGUUCCACCUUGGCCUUAUUAACUUGCACUGAAAUCAGUAGGGCUGUAUCUGUGUUUAGAAUUACAUUGUAAUGUUUGCAUCAGGUCUGCAUAUCUUGCAACCCACCAAGCUGAAUGCAGCCUGCCUGGUGGUUAGCAGCCCUCCUCACUGCAGGCCCAGGCAGGGUCUGCAGUAUCAAGAGGUUCAUAUAGCGCCUGUCAGAUGUGAUGUGAACUCCGUUCAGCGUGGUGGACCACAAAUUGCUCAGGCCUGCGCCAUGUCCCAUUCCACUUCCUUUAUAGCUAUUACUGUUAUUGUUGUAUUUUGUUAUAACCAUUAUUGUCGUAGUUGCUUGUACCCCACCCAUCUGACUGGGUUGCCCCAGCCACUCUGGGCGGCUUCCAACAGAUAUAAAAGCAUAAUAAGACGUCGGACGUUGACUUUGGUGCGUUAAGGGGGGAGAUGCACAUCCCACUGUCCUUGGAUCAGAUCCUUGUAUUCACAAUUUCUGCAGUCGGAAAGCUACAGGGCUUUUGAGACCGUGAUAGGUGCACGUGGUAUAAAUGGACGCUUUGCGCAGAAACAAAGGCUAGUAGUACCGAUCGGUGUGCCAUUAUAGCUGGAGCUACGCUAAGCCAUUCAUUCCAGUGCAAUGCGAUCGUUUUUGUUGCGGUCGUAUUUAAAAAUAGCCAGCGUGGUCCCGGCUAUUUAGCUGUACUCCUGCGCCCUGCAAGGUUUUAGUUGACUGUAGCAUCUUUGGCGGGCAGAGCUAAAAGAGGAAGGUGGUGGUUAGACAUCAUCUUGUGUUGCUGCGUUAUUGGGGGGGGGGAUUCAUACGAAUAAGGGAAGAGGGAAAACCCCACCUCUUGUGACAGAAAGAGAGAGAUGCACUGUGCUCAAACUGCUACUGUGCCAACUCAACUAGAAACAAUUCGAAAGAAAAGUGCUGAGCUUCAGUGACAGGCAGUGGGAUGAAAACGCUUUAUGGGGGUUAUGAAUUAUGUGCUAAUGGGACCGAAAUAACUCUUUAGGGCAUUAGAUGGGCAGCUGGCGCUUUUUUUGCACUGGUUUCUCAGAUAAGAGAGCUCCGGUUGACACAGAACAGGAAGGUGGGCAUGUGUUAUGAGUGUGUCAUUGUCCUUUAGAUAGCGAAGAUAAUGCCGUGCGCUUAAUGUAGUAGAAUCUGGAUCUUUGAAGUGCCUUUCCAUAUCUCGUCUUUAGUAAUCCUUGCAGCAGCCCUGUAAAGUUGGUUGGUGAAAAUGGUCCAAGUUUUGGUUGAGACAGUCAUUGUUUGCCUGAUGGCACUUAGAUGAGUUAAUGGGUGAAGCAGCCAUUCUGUUUGCAGGGGGUGGUUUAUCCAUAGCUGAGUGAAUAAAACCAGUUCCACUUCACUUCUGGGCUGGAACUGUGGAAGAAACUGCUUCUGGGAUUGCAUUGCUGCACUGGGUGAAGAGGGCCCUUCCUAGAUAGAAUACUGUCGCACAGUGUAUAGUUAAACUAUGGAACUCCCUGCCACAGGAGGCAGUGAUGGCCACCAAUUUGGAUGGCUUUAAAAGAGGAUUGGACAGCCAUUUCUGAUAAUUAUUAAAGGAAAGGUAAAGGGACCCCUGACCAUUAGGUCCAGUCGUGACCAACUCUGGGGUUGUGGCGCUCAUCUCGCUUUAUUGGCCGAGGGAGCCGGCGUACAGCUUCCAGGUCAUGUGGCCAGCAUGACUAAGCCGCUUCUGGCGAACCAGAGCAGCGCACGGAAACGCCGUUUACCUUCCAGCCGGAGUGGUGCCUAUUUAUCUACUUGCACUUUGACGUGCUUUCGAACUGCUAGGUUGGCAGGAGCAGAGACCGAGCAACGGGAGCUCACCCCGUCACGGGGAUUCGAACUGCCGACCUUCUGAUCGGCAAGUCCUAGGCUCUGUGGUUUAACCCACAGCACCACCCGCGUCCCAUUAUUAUUAUUUAUUAUUAUGAUUAUGAUUAUUAUUACUACUGUAUUUUAUUAAUACAAGUUUGUAUCAAACUGCAUUAAUUAUCGAAUUGCUUUACACAACAUUCCUUUUGUGUGUGCUUUUAUUUGAAUACGCUGAUGGGAAUGUUGCUUGCUAAUAUUAUUAUUAACAUAUAAAACGCAUACAUUUGCAUUUACACAAUACAUAUACACAACAGACUACCUUAUUUUCAUAGCAUAAAACAUACCUACAUUACUCUAUAUUAUACCUACCUAUAGUAUACAUAUCAACAUACCUACACACCUACCCCACACGGACACCCACCAAGUGACUUGACUUUCAGUCAUUCUUGUUACGCUACUUUAUUUUCCCAAUUAGUUUAAACACAUUUCAUUAUUUCUUUAACUCUUCUUCUAUCUUAACUUUACUCUGCUUUCACUCUAAUCAUUUUCUGGAUUCACUCAAUAACUGUCAAAAGUUCUACUUUUUCCACAUAGAUUUUGAUGUAUUCCUUAAAGAUAGCCCACUCCUUAUUCACUCUUUGUACCAUAUCCCCUCCUUGGCUGGGGAGGGCUGGGUAUAAAUAAAAAUUAUUAUUAUUAUUAUUAUCCUCUCUGUUAAUUCGGCAAUAUGGAAGUAUUCCAUCAUUUUAGAUAGCCAGUCUGUUUUAGUUAGGACACUGCUGCUUUUCCAGUUUUUGACAAUUAACCUUGCCUCUGUAGUUGCAUACAUAAAUAUUGGUCUAACCGUUCUUUUUAUUUCCUCUGACAUGAUACCUAGGAGAAAGGAUUCUGUUUUUCCCCCAAAUGAAAAUCUAAACAUCUUUUUCAAUUCGUUGUAAAUAUUUUCCCAGAAUCCCACUAUCUCUUUGCAUUCCCACCACAUGUGUAGAAAGCUUCCUGCCCUGUUGUGCAUCUCCAACAAACAUCACUGCAGUUUGUAUACAUUUUUGCCAGUAUAACCAGGGUCAGAUACCAUCUAUAUUGCAUUUUCAUUACAUUCUCUCUUAAAUUAUAGCACACCGUAAAUUUAAUAUCCCUUUUCCUCAGCCGUUCCCAUUGGCUCAUCAUAAUAUUUCCCCCUAAAUCCUGGGCCCACUUUACCAUCACUGUCUUCACUUGCUCCUCCUCUACCUCCCAUUCUAGGAGCAAAUCAUAUAAUUUGGAAAUACGUUUACUUUUAGAUUGGAUUAAGUACUCAUCCAAUCUUGAAAUUUCUUUCUCAGAUCCUUUUUGUUUAUCUUUUGGCAAUCUCUGAUUAAUUUGAAAAUAUUGCAGCCAAUCGUUCAAAUAUUUUUUAAGUUCCUUAUAUUCUUUCAAUUUAUUAUUUUCCUCUUCCAGUAAUACCUUAUAUGUUGCCCAGUUGUUAUUCAUAUUCUUUCUCUUUACGGUCAUGAUUUCUAAGGGUGAGGUCCACCAAGGUGUUUUGGGUUCUAGGAUCCCUUUAUAUUUCAUCCAUAUUUUUUACAACGAUUUCCUUAUAAUAUGGUGCAUAAAACCCUUGUGGACUCUCACCUUUUCAUCUAUUAGGUAUGCAUGCCAUCCAAAUCGAGGGCCUACUCCCUCCAGAUCUAACACAUCAGUAUCCUUUAACUUAAUCCACUCCCUUAACCAAGUCAAACCUGCUGCAACAUGAUAUAAUUCCAUGUCAGAUAGGUCAAAUCCGCCUCUCUUUCUCCGAUCAAUAAGUAAUUUAUAUUUUAUUCUAGGUUUUUUCCCAUUCCAUACAAACCUGGCUAGAUCUCUUUUCCACUUCUUAAAACAUUCCAUGCCUCCUAGAAUUGGCAUGGUUUGGAAUAGAAAUAUCAUUGUAGGCAAUAUAUUCAUCUUUACUGUUGAGAUACGGCCCCAAAAUGAUAGAUGUAGCCUAUUCCAAGUUUCUAAAUUUCUCUUUAUCUCCUUCCAUACUUUAACGUAGUUUUCUUGAAAUAGGUCUAUAUUUCUUGUUGUCAUCCAUAUGCCGAGAUAUUUCAUCUUUUUUUAAUCUCCAACCCUGAGAUUUUUUGUAGCUCACUUUUUUCUUGAUUCCCCAUAUUUUUUACUAAUAGAUUUGUUUUUUUAUAGUUUUAUCUUAAAGUCAGCUAGGUGUCCAAAUUCAUUUAUACAUUCUAUUGUUCUUGGGAUACAUUCUAUCAGAUUUUCAGUAGUGAUGAUCAAGUCGUCCACGAAGGUUCUUAACUUUAUACUCCCCCCCCCAUCACAAUCCCUUUUUAAUAGCCUUGCGGAUUCGUUGUUGCUGUCAAAUCAAAAACUAAAUACUUUAGAGACGACUGAGGGAUAUCGCUGUCGCACGCCAGAUUCGACCUUUUCAAACGUGACUAGAUUAGAGAAGUAUGACCGUUUCACCAGCCCCCCUGCCUGCACGCAUCAAGAUGUCGAAGCUCAGCUUAAAUGGUGGAUCGGGCAAAGCUUUUGGGAAGUACCGUAUUUUUCGCUCUAUAGGACACACUUUUCCCCCUCCAAAAAUGAAGGGGAAAUGUGUGUGCGUCCUAUGGAGCGAAUGCAGGCUCCUUGGCUUCAGCGAUAGCAACGCAAAGCCUCCGAAGCGCAGAGGGAGAGCUCCCCCCGCGCUCCGGAGGCUUCGCGUUACUUUCGCUGAAGCCGCUUGAAGUCCCCGGAGCGCAGCGGCAGUUUGCGCUGCUCUCCGGGGGCUUCAGGCAGCUAUCCGCAAGCCUUCAGAGCGCAAAAGGAGUUUCCGCUGCGCUCCAAAGGCUUGCGGAUAGCCGCCUGAAGCCUGGAGAACGAGAGGGGUCGGUGCACACCGAUCCCUCUUGCUCUCCAGGCUUCGCUUCGCUGGAGAGGCGCUGCACAGUUUUCCCUCUCUGUGCAGCGCCCCUUCAGCGAAGCGGGAGGAGAAAUGGAAGGGGCUCCGUUUCUCCUGCCGCUUCGCUGAAGGGGCACUGAGCAGAGAGGGGGAGAAUUUUUUUUCCCCUGUUCUCCCCCUCCUAUGGUCCGGUGCGUCCUAUGGUCUGGUGCGUCCUAUAGAGUGAAAAAUACAGUAAAUAUAUAAUUGCACAGUGCUUGAAAUCAUGGAUGGAAAGCUGUGGAGCUGUUAAUGAAAUCCAUAUACAGUGGUACCUUGGUUUACAGAAGCUUGAGGUUACGUGUUUUCGGGUUGCCACUGCGCCGAACCCGGAAGUACCGGAACGGGUUAUUUCCGGGUUUUGGCGCAUGCACAGAAACACCAAAUCGCAACCUGCACGUGUGCAGAUGCAGCGCUGUGGGUUGCGAAUGCUGCAGGUUGCAAACGUGCCUCCCGCACGGAUCACGUUCGCAACCCGAGGUUCCACUGUAUCCCACUCCUUGACUUCUGGCCAAAACUUUUAGGUUCCACACACACACCGUCCACAAUUGGGGCAUUAUAGUAGUAGCUUUGCUCACAUGAACAUAUAAGCAAAUAGGGAGUCCUGUGGUGGUUCUUCAGGUGAGAUUAAUUUACUUCUGUGUUCUUCGUUUGCGGUUUUGAAGGCAGGGCCACAUCACAGUCUUUCUCCUUGCCUAUUCAGUGCAUGCAGGGGAGGUAGCUUGAGUUCUUCUUCCAACUCCCAGCAGCCUCUAGGUAGUGUGGCCAGUGGUCAGAGAUGAUGGGAGUUGUAGUCCUGCAACAUCUGGAGGAACACAUGUUCCCCAGCCCUGAAGUGGUGGAUAGAAGGACUCAGGCUUCAAACUUUUAAUGUCCCUGUGAAGUAAUUGUGCUUGGAUUUUUUUUCUGCAAUGUUGGUAACGGCCAUUAAAGCCACUGGGACCAGGAUAUCUGAAGGGUGACCUUCUUCAUGAUGAGCUUCUUGCUUUACUAAACAACCCCAAAAAAUGGGAAACUUCCGUAUACAGUGGUACCUCGGGUUACAGAGACUUCAGGUUACAGACUCCGCUAACCCAGAAGUAGUACCUCGGGUUAAGAACUUUACCUCAGGAUGAGAACAGAAGUUGUGUGGCGGCAACAGCGGGAGGCCCCAUUAGCUAAAGUGGUACCUUAGGUUAAGAGCGGUUUCAGGUUAAGAACAGAUCUUCGGAACGAAUUAAGUUCUUAACUAGAGGUACCACUGUACCAAGUCAGACCAUUGUUUCAUGUAGCUCACCAUUGUCUACACCAGGGUUUCUCAAACUUGGGUCACCAGCUGUUUUCGGACUACAGUUCCCAACAUCCCUGACCGCUAGUCUUGCUAACUAGCUAGGGAUGAUGGGAGCUGUAGUCCGAAAACAGCUGGAUCUCCAAGUUUGGGAAACACUGGUCUACACUGUCCAUCAGCAUCUUUCGAGCUUGUUGGACUGGAAUGUCUACCUUCCCCACUGGGAUAUGCCGUGGAUUGAACUGUGAGGACCGUUUGCAUGCCAAUCAGGUUCUCUUCUGCUGAGCCUCAGAUCUGGCCUGACAUCUGCCUACUGCUGGCUGGCGUAGGGGCUCUGGAUGCAGGGUUAUAAAUCAGCCUAUCCUUGGAAGCAAACAGGAAAAACAGGAACGUGUUGCAAGGAUCAAAGACCUUCAUCCUGAGGGCCAGAUUAAAACGUUAAGACUGAGAACAGGAAAUAUGGGGAGAGGCAUAAUCUCAGGUGUGGCUGCUGCAAGAGAAGGCAGUGGCACUGUUGCAUUGGCAUGAUCAUUAACAGCCAAUAAGCCCAGUUGGCCACUGGGAAAGUUGUACAGUGGUAGCUCAGGUUAAGUACUUAAUUCGUUCCAGAGGUCUGUACUUAACCUGAAACUGUUCUUAACCUGAAGCACACACUUUAGCUAAUGGGGACUCCUGCUGCUGCCGUGCCGCCGGAGCACGAUUUCUGUUCUCAUCCUGAAGCAAAGUUCUUAACCUGAAGCACCAUUUCUGAGUUAGGGGAGUCUGUAACCUGAAGCGUAUGUAACCUGAGGUACCACUGUACUUCAGAAUCUAGUCCAGUGGGUUGUCCGCCCACCCAUCCUAUGCAAGCAUAUGUGCAAAGCAAAAUAUGUCUUCGUAUGUAAAUGAUCGGUGCUGAGGGGAGAGCUCUGUGUUAGUCGAGUUCUCUGCUCCACAAAUUAGGGGCUGGGUCUCCUGUUUCAUGAUUUGGAAAAAUGGCUGGCUCUUUAUCCUCCCCGCCUGCCAACACCGCAGCCCGGCUUUGCAGAUGUGGGCUGGGAGCUGUCGAUAGCAAGACUUACAGGCCCCACCCUGGGGUGAGUCAUCUGUUUCCUGCCUUUUGAGCCCCUUCUCGGCCUCAAAAUCCCCUCAGAAACAACCAGCAAGACUGUUGCAGCUCUUUCGGACAAAUCCCCUCUCUGCUCCUCCUGUUGAGGAGUUGUUUCAGAGUCGAUAACAGAAGCGCCGGCGGCCUGUCCUUUCUCCUUCCUUUGGCCUCCUCCUUUGGCCUUCGAGAACUGGAUUCUUCCCUCGAGUUGUAGGAAUGAGCCCUGGAAUCCCUAUAGUUCUACCUCCCUCUGUUAAGUCUGCAAACACCUAUCCCUGCUUUUAGUUAUGGUACACACCCUGGCCAAAAAUAUGGGGAGAGUCCAAGGUGCUACGGUGUUCUUGUCUACUUUAAACCCCUUUUGCUGCCUCCGCAGAAUCCUGCCUGGGAGCCAUUUGCCUUCAGUAUUGCAACGCGACCCUCAAAUCCCACUCCCUCUGCCUCUUAUAAUUUCGACGGGUAUCUGGUGGUUUUGAACCUUCGUGUCUCUUCUUCAAGUGAUAAUGGAAUUCUGGUUUAUAUCAGAGGAGGUAGACUCCAACUCUCAUGAUUCCCAUCCAGCAUGGUCAGUGGUCAAGGAUGAUGGGAGUUGUAGUUCCCAUCUGGGAACCCAUUGCUUCCCACCCCUGGUGUGGUUUUCAGCCAGGGUGGAUAAAAACCAAUGAUAUUAAAAAUAAAAUAAAUAAAUAAAAAUUGGAUAUUUUUUAAAUUUAAAUCAGAAUUUUUUGAUCUAAAUCAGAUUUUUUUUUAUCUAAAUCAGAUUUUUAAAAUAAAAUGCUUUUGGAGAAAAAAAUCUUCUUAAGGAUAGUUUUCUGUUUAAGUUACAUGAUAGUUCAAAGUCUAUUCAUCAGGAAAUAAGGAUUUGUUUAAAGUUUUUCAUGUGUGCUAAAACUCGGUCUAAGUUUUUUUUUAACUUAGUUGACAAACAUGGAUACAUAUGCUAUAAUGUUAUUGUUUUAGUUAAAUAAAUUGUUUAAAGUGUUAUUAAGGAAAUGAUUAUUUUUCUCCUUCCAAUAAAGUACAGCAGAAAAGUUGUCCAAAUAUAAACAGUUAACUUAUUAAACCUCACAAUAAUUUCAUAAUUAUCUCUCUAUGUAUUUCUAAUAGUAUAACCAAAUCAGUCAUUUUUGAUAUACAGUGGUACCUCAGGUUAGGUACUUAAUUCAUUCUGGAGGUCCGUACUUAACCUGAAACUGUUCUUAACCUGACGCACCACUUUAGCUAAUGGGGCCUUCUGCUGCCGCUGUGCCGCUGGAGCACAAUUUCUGUUCUCAUCCUGAAGCAAAGUUCUUAACCUGAAGCACUAUUUCUGGGUUAGCGGAGUCUGUAACCUGAAGCGUAUGUAACCCGAGGUACCACUGUAACUGUAAAAACUACUCUGAAAAUUUAUUAUUCCAAAAAUGAAACCUGGUUGUAAAUAUUAAGAUGAUACCAGCAAGAAUGAUCCUUUCUGUUAAAAAAAGGAUUUAAAUCAAGUCUUACUGACUAGUGAUUUAAAUCGUGAUAUACCGUAUUUUUCCGUGCAUGACUAGGUUUUUUUCAUAAAAAAUAAUUUCAAAAAUUAGGGGGCCCCGUCUUAUACACGGGGCCAUCUCCCCCCAUUUUCUUAAAUCUGAGUCCCCAAAAAUAGGUGGCGUCUUAUAGAUGAAAAAAUGUCGUAAUUCCCCCCUGUGCCUCCCAGAAAUUGUGAGGGGGUCGGGAGAACCCCCAGAACAGCAAUAGGAGGGGAGAUGGUUCCAUCAUCAAGAGAGCAGAAGCUUUUGUACAGGCAGAGUGGUCAACUUAGCGCUACUUUGAAUUCCUUCCCUGGGGUUUCAGAGUUACGACUCGGCCUCUCUGCUCACUUCCCCUUUGCUUGUCCCUCCAGGCUUUCAAGAUGGCAUGAGGUCCAGCUCCAACAGCCGGAGUGGCAGCCACGACAGGCACGAGGACCAUACGGACACGUCAGACAGCGAGUCGUUCUCUCUGCAGGUGCGCAAGCUGAACCAGCAGCCUCAAGUCCGCAAGCCGGGAGAACAUGGCUACGAUCCCAACAGGUAAUGCGGGGGAUUUUGCUGCGCUUGAUUUGAAGAAGCAUCCGGGGAGGGGCUGAAGCUGCCCCACAACUUUUAAGAUACGUUCUUCAUCAGGGACAUAUUCUCGCAUGAGCUCCCCAGACCCCGUUCCAUUGCCUGAGCCCAAUUCACAGUGCUUGUUCCCAGCUUUCAGGGACCUACAUGGGUUGAGACCCAGUUAGCUGAAAUCUGCUUCCAUCGCACUCUGUUGAUGCCCUGUGUUCCUCUUCAGAGGCCUCUCUUUGGGUGCCCUUCCUGCUGGAGAAAGCUCCAGCUUCACUUGUGGCCCUCCAGAUGUUGCUUAACUCUAAGCCCCAUGGCCUCAGCUGAUGUGGCUCCUGGUCUGAGAAGAUGGCAACAUCUUGGGCAGCUGCUGAGAGCCGAUCGCUACUAAAACCGCUCCCUUGGACCCUGCUCUUCCUACUCUCCAAUGAAUGCCAAGCAGCCGCCUUUGUAUUUACCACAAUGCCCCCCAUAGCAGCGCUGUUGCUGCAAGGCAUUCUGGGCAAUUACAAUGGAGUCCACCUGAUGCUCAUUGGAGGAGCCCCUUUCUCCUGCUAAGCCCUCCCGCCCACACGUGUGCCCGGCGUAACCAUAACAUGCAUGUUUAAUUAUGCUAACGAGAUUGAACAGCCAUAAUAUAGAUCUGACUUUCCAGCUACUUGCAGUGGUGGAACGGCCUGUGGGCCUCUGGGGGGCAUUGGACUACAAAUCCCAUCACCCUUGACCACUGGCCAUAUUGCCAGGACUGAUGGGAGCCGGAGUCCCAUAAUAUCUGCAGGGCCAUAAAUUAAUCAUCCCUGGAUUAGAGUGAUUCACGGCCAGAAAACCUAUUAUCCUCCAGAUGUGGUUGGACUUCCAUUCCCAUCUAGGGGUGAUGGGAUUUGUAGUCCACUGAUAUCUGGAGGGCUAUAGGUUCCCCACGCCUCCUCGAACCCAUUUAUUUCCUUAUUUGGCAAAUUCUUUUUUUCAUGGACGUUGGUUAAUGGCCUGGGCCUACUCAAUGAAAGUGCAACUUUUGUGGCCAGAAUGUGUUGGUUGUUCUUAGCUUAGGUGUGAUAAUUUUGCUGCACGUGAGACAGUGAGUCCUCCAUUCUUGUCCUGCCUUUGAAUUCCCCUCAGCUGAACAGGCCGCCCUGAUAUGCUCCGUUUUGAAAUAGAAUUGAGGACCUGCUUUCAAAAUUGUGAUUCUGCUGCUCUGACAUCUUCACGGCAGAAAUCCCUUUCCCUCACACGUGCACGCGAACAUUUAAGAAGUCAGCAACGUGCUUUUAACUCCUGUACUCUUCUCAGUAAGAGACUUGCACAUGAGGAGGAUGUAGGAAACGUUUCUCCCGGCUUGUGAACAUUACCAGAAUAGGCCAUGCUCCACCAUUUCCUGUUGUGCCUCUGAGUGCAACACAGAGCAAAGGACAAGUUAUCCUUUAGAAGGCAGAACAGGGAAGAGCUGUCAGUAUCACCACAUAACCCUCCUCCUGUGGGGUGAAUGUACGUUAAAGCAUGCAUGCGAAAGUAAGUCACAAUGUUCACGUGAGCAUGCAACACUAUUGGCUUGUGUUCUCAUGAACACUAUCUCUCCUUCUGGAGCAGAGUAUUCUGUCUACAGUUUCCCACCACCAGACUUGGAUUUUCUCUCUCUUUUUUGUAUAUAUUCCAUGGAAAUGAAAACCAGGCACUCAGCGGUUUGUUGCAAGAAUGUGUGUCUUGCAUGGCGAAAGUCUUGGGUUUAACCCCUGACAUUGCCCCACUUGUGAAUUCCAGCACCUGGCAUUCAGAGGGAGAAUGUAGCCAUCAUAGUCCUUGAUCACAGCCACCUAUGUUCCUUGUUAGAGAACAGCUCCAGUCAGAGGACCUUACUGGGCCUCAUGGAUCAGUGAUCCAACUUGAUGUGAGGCAGGCUCUUUUAUUGCACUUUUAUUGCACUCUUAUUUCAUAACCCAUAUCUCUUUUCCACCUGGCCCUAUGAGGUAGGCUGAGAGAAUACUCUUAAAGCUUGUGGUGUAAUUUCAUCCCUGAAGAUAAACAUCCCUGCAAAAACUUGGCCAGUACAAGGAUGGAGUGAGACUUUAGAAGCCCACGAAAUCCCUUCUCAGCUAUCUGGGGGAAGGGACAAAUAUGAAUGAAUGGAACAGGUCGCCAGUAGCAAGGGCAUCCAUGAUGCUACUAUUGUUUGUUAUUGUUUUGUUUCAUUGAAGGUUUUGUUGUUUAGUUGUUUAGUCGUUUAGUCGUGUCCGACUCUUCGUGACCCCAUGGACCAGAGCAUGCCAGGCACUCCUGUCUUCCACUGCCUCCUGCAGUUUGGUCAGACUCAUGUUUGUAGCUUCGAGAACACUGUCCAACCAUCUCGUCCUCUGUCUUCCCCUUCUCCUUGUGCCCUGAUUCUUUCCCAGCAUCAGGGUAUUUUCCAGGGAGUCUUCUCUUCUCAUGAGGCGGCCAAAGUAUUGGAGCCUCAGCUUCAGGAUCUGUCCUUCCAGUGAGCACUCAGGGCUGAUUUCCUUCAGAAUGGAGAGGUUUGAUCUUCUUGCAGUCCAUGGGACUCUCAAGAGUCUCCUCCAGCACCAUAAUUCAAAAGCAUCAAUUCUUCGGCGAUCAGCCUUCUUUAUGGUCCAGCUCUCACUUCCAUACAUCACUACUGGGAAAACCAUAGCUUUAACUAUACGGACCUUUGUUGGCAAGGUGAUGUCUCUGCUUUUUAAGGUGAGAGGCGGAAAAGGCGGAUCCAGCCAGCAGGCCAGAUCCUUAUCUCCCCUACCUGCUGUGACUGGUGGGAAAGCCUAUCACCUGAUGCUAUGGUGACAUGGCAUUUGGAAGCCCCGACAGUCAGCUGAAUGUUGGGAACUUUGAAAUGCUCUUCAUAAGACCCUCGCAAACAGCCUUGCACGAUGCUGCCUGUCCGCUGUAGUUGGGACUUCAAAGCAUCACGCAGGGGCUUUCAAAGAGCUCUGCACUGUGCUCUGAAGUCUCCAAUUUUUGGGACUUCAGAAGCACUCUGUGUGUGUUGCUUCAGAAGGCCCCUUUUGUCUCAGCCCAGUUGCCUUCUUAACUGCCCACACCUGAUAUCAGGUGAUUGGCAAGUGGGGGGUGGUUUGGCAGAGCGGCCUGGCAGGCCAAAUGGGCUGGGGAGGCCCUGCCUCUGAUUUCAGGUAUUUGUGGUACCACCCUUUGUAAUAUAUUUGUCUAGAUAGUUGGCCUUGGUGAAGAUUUGAUGUUUUCCUCCCCAAAAAGUUUUUGAUUUGAGUUUCUACUGAAAUGAGGCUGCAUUUUAAUGUUGUAUUUUAAUCUUGUUUUUAAGUUGUAUUUUAAUCAGUUGUUUUUAUACCUGGUGUUAGCCGCCCUGAGCUGCCCUGGCUGGGGAGGGCGGGGUAUAAAUAAAUUAUUAUUAUUAUUAUUAUUAUUAUUAUUAUUAUUUAUUUGCCCCAGGGUAGUUUACAAUAUCAUUUAAAUAAAAAAAUUAAUGCAAUAGACAAUAAACCUGUUAAAAAUGAUGGGGGGGGGGAAUAACAUACUUGGCACAAUACACAAAUUAAAGAGCUAUUGAAACAGCAAAAUAAAAAAGUUUUUGUUUGUUUUUAAUGUAGCAUCUUCCAGUACUGUUUUAAACUGCAAAGUAUUAAAAUACCUGACUUAACAUUGCACCUGAGGGACGAUAACAUUUGAUGCCAUGCAAUCGCCAUAGUGUGAGUCUGUGUUGCAGACUGAGACAGAGGUUAUAGAUAUAUACACUGGCCUUUGUGGAAGUAGACAAGAAGAAGAUGCUGGAUCAGGCCAAUGGCUGCUUCUAGUCCAGCACCCUGUUCUCACAGAGGCCAGCCAAAUGCCUAUGGGGAGCCCACAAGCAGGAUCUGAGCACAAGAGGCUCGCCACAUUUCUGCAGUUUCCAGCGACUGGGAUUCAGAAACACGACCAACUCUGGUUUGCAGCCAUUAAUCACUUUAUCUUCCAUGAAUCCGUCUAAUCUUUUAAAGCCAUCAGAGUUGCUGGCCGUCAUUACUGCUGGCCUUUCCUGAAACAGGGAGAAAAUGUUGGGGUCACAUCCUUCGCUGCAGCUUUUUUGAUGUAAAUUAAGUUUUCCAUAACAAAUUUCCAUUUAAACAUAUCAUUCGCCUUUACUUUUAGGAUUCUCAGAAUCCCUUGACUUCCCUCCGCCCAUCUCUGGUUUCCCUUAUCCAUCCCUUUUUAUUCCACUUAUCCUAUUCCCCCCCACAAUUUGUUAUAUCUAUUUUUAACUUUUCCAUUCUGUUUUGUCUUUUACAAGUGUUCUAAUCCUGCGAAGGUUUUUAACUGUUUGCAAUGUUCUCUUAGGUAACCUAUAAACUUUUCCCAUUCUCUCCUAAACUUUUUCUCGUCCUGGUCUCUGAUUCUCCUGGUCAGUUUCGCCAUUUCGGCAUAGUCCGUCAUCUUCAUCAGCCGUCCUUCUCUGGUUGGAACUUUGUCUUCUUUCCCUUUCUGGGCCAGUAGUAUUCUUGCUGCUGUCGUCGCAUACAUAAAUAGUCUUUUCUGCUCUUUUGGAAUCUAUGUACCUAUAAUACCUAACAAAAAAGCCUCUGAUUUUUCCACAAAUGUUAUUUUAAACGUUUUCCCCCAACUCAUUAUACAUCAUUUCCCAGAAUGCUUUUGUUACCUUGCACAUCCACCACAUGUGGUAGAACGUGCCUUCUUUUUAUCUGCAUUUCCAACAUACUUUGCUGCAGUUUUUUCAUGUGGCAGGUAACCUGGGCCUCCUUUCGGAUGUAUUAAUAAAAUAAUAAAAAAAAUUCAUUUAUAUCCCGCCAUCCCCAGCGGAAGCCGGGCUCAGAGCAGCUAACAACAGUAAAAUGAUACAACAUUCUAAAAUCAUGUCAUUAUAAAAUCAGUUCACAUCAGAUUAAUGGCAACCAUUGGGCUAGAGUUCUGUGAGGAUUGCCAAGGGAGGGGGUCAGGCUGUGCCCUGGCCAAAGGCCUGGUGAAACAGCUCUGUCUUGCAGGCCCUGCGGAAAGAUGUCAAGUCCCGCAGGGCCCUAGUCUCUUGUGACAGAGCGUUCCACCAGAUCGGGGCCAUGGCCGAAAAAGCCCUGGCUCUGGUUGAGGCCAGCCUAACCUCUCUGUGGCCUGGGACCUCCAAGAUGUUUUUGUUUGAAGACCGUAAGGUACUUCGUGUAUUGCUUAAAUCACUGUAAUCCUGAAACUGAGCAAGACGUGCCCAGUUCUGGGCCUCGGGUGGGAAGCUGGGCAGCGAAUUUCAGCCAAGGAUGGCCCCUCACUUUUAGCUCCUGCCUGAUCUUUCCUGCUUUCGCUGCUUUCCCCCUGCCUGACAGAUACCGGCUGCACUUUGACCGGGAGAGUAGAGAGGAGGUGGAGCGGAGGAAAAAGAUUGCCCGAGAGAAGAUCUUGGAGCCUGCUCCAGAAGUUGAGACAGAGGUGGACAUAGAAGAUGUUUAUAAGACUGGUUCAGGUGAGCAAAGGGGGUCUGGCUAAGGCAUUCCUGGGGAGUCUCGGCUGACAAGGGAAAAUGCUGAAGAUUUCCUCCCUCUGUAAAGCACUACCCCUCCUGGCCUCUGGAGGCAGCAGACAGUUUUGCCCUAUGGAAGCACCAUAUGCAGGUGGUUUAAAAAUGGGCCCAAUAGGGAAAAAAGGGGAUUAAGUAUGAAAGUUCCCCAUAUCACUAAACAGUAGGUUGAUAAAGGGUUGCCAUAUUUUAGAGAAAAUCUAGAGCUUUUUUUUUUUUGCCAAAGUUGUUGAGCUUUAUUUGCAAAAUCUCCAAAAAAUAAGUUUUUGAGUUAUUUUUAAUAGAAUUCGCAAAAAAAUCAACACUUCUGAUACGGGCUGCAAUACACCCUGGAUUUUCCCGGAUAUUUAAACCGAUUUCUGAAAAUUGCACCCGGAUUCUAUUGUUGGUGGAUAAAUCCCAGAUAGGUCCAGGAAAUUCCGGACUUAUGGCAGCCCUGGUUUGAUAUAUAUAUAUAGAUAGAUAGAUAUAGAUAUAGAUAUAGAUAUAGAUAUAGAUAUAUAUAUAACAUUAAUGUGCCUGCAUGCAAGUUUAAAUCUCCUUAAUGGCCUGCCAACUUGCCAUGUUGCCCACGUUCCAUCAGUUCAGUAAGUCUUCUCAAUUCAGUUUGGCUAUAUCUUCCAACUGAUCCUUAACCUUUCUCAGCACUGGAUUUUCCAAAACGCCCGCCCUGGAAUUAUCAGAUGACCAAGGACCAGCUCUUAGCCCGAGAGGAGAAGUGUUUUCGGGAAUAUCUCGAGAAUAUCUACAGUACAUUCCCACCAAGCCAGCUGAGCUACUUUGAGCACAAUUUGGAGGUGAGCCUUUAAAAGCCUUAAGAGGAAACUCAGGCUGAAUGGUUCAGCUGUAUUGGAGCUGAGUGGGGUGAUCUUUUCCACCAGUCCAUUCCUUUCAUGCAGCCAGAGUCAGUGUCAAAAAAGGAUUUGUAACUGGCUGUCUUGUGUAAUUAACUUUGCUUGUACGGUUCAGGGUUUCAGCUAUUUUGGGGCAAGAGCUGGGGCGACAAAGAGUUGUGUUUCUUUAGCCACAUUCAUGCCAUGCCUUUAAAACACAACAAUACCACUUUAACCUGUCAUGGCUUCUCCCCAAGGAAUUCUGGGGGCUGCAGUUUGUUAAGGGUGCUGAGAGUUGUUGAGAUACCCCAAUAUAUUCCCCUUACAGAACUAAAAUUCCCAGAGUUCCCUCUGAAGAGGGACUGGUUGUCAUAAACCACUCUGGCAAUUGUAACUCUAUGUGAGGGGAAUUGUGGGGUCUCCUACCAGCUCCCAGCAACCUUAGCAAACUACGGCUCCCAGAAUUCUUUGGCAGAAGUCAAGACUGUUUAAAGAAGUAUUGUAGUGCUGUAAAUAUAUGGUGUGAAUGUGGCCUUUGUCUCUGCAGCCCUCGGUGUAACUUGAGACCUGAUCCAGCCUAAUCCAAUUUGGUGUGCUGUCUCCUACACUCUAUCAAAAAGCUGUGACUAAAUGCAGGUUGUAGCUAGAUCAUCAAACCAGCUCCUUUCUCUCUCUCCCCCAUUCCUUUUUUGCUUAAUGUUCAGUUCAACAGAGUCCUGGAGAAUGUGAAAGUUUGCUCACUAUUUUAUGACAUUUACGUUGGCCCUUAUAAAGAUAUCGCCCCCAACUGCAGAUUUUGGAUUCCCCCCACCGUAUGAACCAGCACUGUUUCCUUUGCCUCCAGUCCUUUAAGAAACUAUUAAUACUAGUUAACGCCUAAUUCUGUUUCCAUGGAUAUUCGCUUCACAUGUUAUGCCGUUUCUAAACAGGAAAUGCUAUUGUGCAGAAAAUAGCAUGAGAAUCAUGUGGCAAUUGCACAUGUGCAUAUUUCACUGGGUGUACAAGCAAUGAAAAGGAUGCAGUUGACAGCAGCUCCCCAGGAUUCGUGCACCCAGUGAGACAAUGUGUGCGAUUUUCACACAUGACAAUCUAACACGCGGCUUUCGUGCUUUUUCCUAUGUGCUUUCAUUUUUUCAUUUUCUUUCUUUCUUUCUUGGGUUUUUGGUGCAGUGUAAACACAAUGACGUUUGCUGAUUCUGUUCCAAAGUGCCAAUUAAGCCUUGGGGAGUUGUGAUUGCUGGGAUACCAGUCCUGACUCCAAUUUGAUUUCGAGCAUUGUGACCCAGGUUCAAAGGGGUCCUUUUAAUCCGCUUAGGCCUAGUGUAAUCUUACACAGGCCUUUUUCUAAUCUCCUGGUUUCUCUUGUAGACAUGGAGGCAGCUGUGGCGUGUACUGGAGAUGUCCGACAUUGUGUUGCUCAUUACAGACAUCCGGCACCCAGUAAGGACACUUUGCAGUUCUGUUGAUGACUGGUGGCUCGUUCUCGAUAGACCUUGUUUGCGCAGACCUUUGACUUGGUUUCUCAGAUCCUUUAAUGCGAUUUAACUAGCUAAACAGGAGGACAAUUUCUAGGGCCGAGUCCAUGGGCUGCUGCCUCCCCCCGAAAAAGUAUUUUUCUACACGCCCCAAGUGUGGUCCUAGGGUAGCAAUUUAAUGCAAAUUCCUAGCUAAGAGCCACUUAAGAAUAAAAUGGGGAAAUCCUUCAGGAGCCACUGUUGGUAUACUGCCAGGGAGAUAAAGUCCAUCAUGGCCCCCAAGCCGGCUGCCGGACGAUCCAUCGAUCUCCCGUAGACACGCAGUAUCAGCAAUUAGCGACAUGAGCUCCAGAACAUUCUAGAGCCGAUGCACACUCUUUAUCAGCAGAUAAUGCACAGCAGAAGUUGCACUCAGGAGAGCAUUAUUUACAAGCUUUAUUCAGCGUUGAUCAGAACAAAGAAAAACAUGACUGCCUGCGUCAGUGUCUCCAGACACAGAGAGAGAAACGAAAGCAACAGAAAACAUAAACAUCCUGUGAACAGGACAUGCGCAGACUCUGACUCACAAAGCCUGCUCCCUUUUAAGGUGGAACGGAAAUAUCCUAACAGCCACAUGCUCUGGGUCCUGGGGGCAGUGUCUCCCAUGACAAUGUGGAAUGGCAUUUUGUAUAAAGUCACCCCCACCUGCCACUACAUUCUGUUUUUUUAAUAUUAAUUUUUAUUUGGUUUUACAAAUUAAAAUUUACUUUCAGAAUCACAGAUAAAACAAACAAGCACAAGAUUCUCUCGAAUCUUUAGACUUCCCUCCAUGGGUUCCGUACUUGUCAUUUUCUACUGCAUAUUCUAAGUCAUUCCAAUUAUUUGGUUGUUCAUUACAUCCAAAGUCCUUGUUACAUUACAAAUGUUUAUUUGAGUUCAAUGGUUUACAGUGGUAGCUCCCAAAUAAAUCUCCCCCAUUCUUUGUUAACAUUUUGGUCUUCCUGGUUUCUGAUUUUCCCGGUGAUUUUUGCCAUCUCUGCAUAGUCCAUCAACUUAAGUCUGUCAUUCCACUCUGGUAGGGACCUUGUCAUCUUUCCAUCUCUGGGCCAAAAGCAUCUUGCCACCUGUGGUCUAAACCACUGAGCCUCUUGGGCUUGCCGAUUGGAAGGUCGGUGUUUCAAAUCCCCACAACGGGGUGAGCUCCUGUUGUUCUGUCCCAGCUCCUGCCAACCUAGCAGCUCGAAAGCACACCAGUGCAAGUAGAUAAAUAGGUACUGCUGCGGCAGGAAGGUAAACAGUAUUUCUGUGCGCUCUGGUUUAUGUCACGGUGUCCUGUUGUGCAAGAAGCAGUUUAGUCCUGCUGGCCACAUGACCCAGAAAGCUGUCUGUGGACAAACGCUGGCUCCUUCGGCCUGAAAGCGAGAUGAGCGCCGCAACACCAUAGUCACCUUUAACUGGACUUAACCGUCCAGGGGUCCUUUCCCUUUACAUUCUAAUCACAUCUAUGUCACAGAGAAGAAAGAAGGAAGAAAUACAUAUUCUUAGCUCUCACUGUUCGGGAUCUCUCACUUAAUUACUUAAUUUGGUUCUCCCUUCCUGCCCAGGUAAUCAACUUCUCCCCAGCCCUCUAUGACUUCGUGACUAAGCAGAUGAAGAGGAACCUCAUCCUAGUACUGAACAAGAUUGACCUGGCUCCCCCAUCCCUGGUGGUGGCCUGGAAGCACUACUUCAAGAGCCGCUUCCCCGAAAUCCACGUGAUCUGCUUCACUUCCUACCCGCAACAGGACCAAGAUCCCAGCACUGGUAUUUCCUUUUUCUUUUUCCAAUAAAUUUCAUUAGCGUUUAUAAAGAAGAGAUACAAAACUGAUACCAAAUAGAUAAUUUUUUAAUCCAACGUAAAUGUAAAUGAAAUCAAAAACAUAGAGAAGAAGAGGAGAAAAAGAAAAGGAGGAGAAAAGAAAAGGAGAGAGAGAAAACAAGUGAAAACAAUCAGAAGAAAGAGAUAGAAAAGAACUCAAAAGGGAGAGUAGAAAAGAUAAAACACAGAAAUUAAAGAUCUGUUUUUUCGAAGCACCCCCUUUGACUUCCAUGCCUUCCUAAACUGCAUGGAAGUCAAAGAUGCUGCUAUGGUUGCCUGCCUCCCUUUUUCUGAAUCUUUAGAUCCAACUACUUUUUUAGGAAGAGGUGCGUUGGCUCACACCCUUUACUUCCCUGCUGGGUGAAAUCUUGGCUCCCAGGACUUGAUUUUCUGGGUUUUCUCUCUUGUCAGUGUUUAAGAAACGCCGGAAGCGUCGAAAGGGCUGGAGCAGAGCCAUGGGGCCCGAUCAGCUGCUGAGCGCUUGCGAGAGCAUCGUGGCUGGAAGAGGUGAGUUUGCAUGCGUCACUCUGAGCUCUUGGCUUACCCCUGCGGAGUUGGUUUUUGUUAGGUAGAUUUCUUGCUUUAUUGUUUGGCGUCCAGCACGCUUCCCCCUGCGAGCCUCUGCAGGUCGUAAAGCAAAUUAGCAAAAUUGCACAGCGUCCGUGUUGAAAGGGCAGUAAAACAAGUACCACAUGUUUCCUCUGUCCUAAUAUCACUUUAUUUGCUCAAAAGUAGCAUAUUUACAAAUCAUAAAGACCAUCAGAUUGUAGCUGCAUUUUCUCUGCGUCCUUCUCUCUCAGCUUGCAGCUGCGUAACAAAGCUGCUUUCACUUUUCACUCAGCUCACAGCAUUCCCAGCUGCUUUCUUCACGUCCUGGCUUACUUCCCUUGUAAGCGCCUCCUCUCAGCCUCGAGACACAGAAGGUUAACCCUUCACUACACCCAACAGUUUUACUCCAGGGCUAAAAUUCUUCUGGAGGUCAGCACCUGUUUGUUCUUUAAACAAGGAAAGCGCCCAGAACUCAAUCCUGCUUAUAAGCCGCAUUUUCUGAUCCUGAAGCUUCUUUAGCCCAUGCAAAUGGAACCUCAGAAAUAAUGAGCGGCACUCUGUGGCUCAGUUUGUAUGUAGCACUGAGCCUAAGCAUGGCUUAGCAUGAAGGUGAAGGCUCCUGGAGAGAUCAUGGCUGCUUUGUUCCACCUCCGCUGCUGCUGCUGCUGUGCUACUGUGAGAUAAGCCACGGUUUGGUUUACUGUGACAUCUGAACCUCUGCUCAUGGUUUGUUUCUUUGAGACAAACCACAGGCCUGUAAACCAAGAGCAAACCUUGGUUACCAAACCAUAGCUUAGCUUACAGCAGUGCAGCAGGGUCAGGACUAGAGCGGGAGCAAAGUAGCCAUGAUCUUCCCUCUGGGAAGGUAAAAGUGUAAAGGUUAAGUCCAAUCAAAGACGACUAUGGGGUUGUGGCGCUCAUCUCGCUUUCAGUCCGAGGGAGCCGGCGUUUGUCCACAGACAGCUUUCCAGGUCAUGUGGCCAGCAUGACUAAACUGCUGCUCACGCAACGGGACACCGUGACGGAAACCAGAGCGCACAGAAACGCCGUUUAUCUUCCCGUCGCAGCGGUACCUAUUUAUCUACUUGCACUGGUGUGCUUUGGAACUGCUAGGUUGGCAGGAGCUGGGACAGAGCAACGGGAGCUCACCCCAUCUCAGGGAUCCGAACUGCCGACCUUCAAAUCAGCAAGCCCAAGAGGCUCAGUGGUUUAGACCACAGCACCACCCAUGUACUUAUGUGUUCACACUAACCCAUGGCUAACAUAGCACAUGGACCAGGCCUGUGUCUGCUCUAAGGUUCCCUCCAGCUAAUCUAGGCAUUGAGAGUAACACAGUCCCAACAAAGUUUUGAUACGAUAUUUGUGCAGCCCAGUUUUCCUUCUCUUUCAAGCGGAAGUAAGCCCCACAUAAUUUCACCUGUGCUUGGAUUUGUGCAUUGGAUUUCAGCCUUAGAUUCAAAAACGGGUUGUGUGGUACUGUUUGCAUCACUGCUUGUUAUGAGUCUUUUUUUGGCAUCUCUUUCCUCUUUUCUCCAGUGGACUUGAGCAGCUGGAAGGAGAAAAUCGAGCGGGAUGCAGCUACCUCUCGCCUGCCGCUUGAGGACUCGGAGGAAGAGGACGACGAUGACGAAAGCGCAGCUGUACUAGUGGAGCACCAGACGGAUGUGGCCAUGGAAGCCGGGGGCUUCUCCCAGGAAAUCUAUAAGGAUGGAAUCCUGACAGUGGGCUGUGUAGGUGAGUGCGCCCUCUGGUGGUGGACAAAGACAUCCAGCUAGAAACUGUUGAGUGUUGACUCUUACGUUGGGCUGCGAUGGUUAUAUAAGUACUUGCUUAAGAAAUAGUAAAGGUAAAGGGACCCCUGACCAUUAGGUCCAGUCGUGGCCAACUCUGGGGUUGUGGCGCUCAGCUCGCUUUAUUGGCCAAGGGAGCCAGUGUACAGCUACUGGGUCAUGUGGCCAGCAUGACUAAGCCGCUUCUGGCGAACCAGAGCAGCGCACGGAAACACUGUUUACCUUCCUGCCGGAGCGGUACCUAUUUAUCUACUUGCACUUUGACGUGCUUUCGAACUGCUAGGUUGGCAGGAGCAGAGACCGAGCAACGGGAGCUCACCCCGUCACAGGGAUUCGAACCGCCGACCUUCUGAUCAGCAAGUCCUAGGCUCUGUGGUUUAACCCACAGCACCACCUGCGUCCCACAAAGAAAUAAGCUUUAUUAAAUGAUUGCCUCAUUUGCUGCUCUUUAUAUUAUAUAUUUAUAUUAUAUUAUUGCCUUCCUGAAUGGGUACCUGAUGACACAGUUUUCCCUUCCUCCUCUAAACCCUCCUUUUAUGUAUGGUCUUUGGUUUGGUUUAUCCUCAUAGUCCUCAUUUGUCACUGCAGCCAACCUUUAGGCCAACGGUUCUCAACCUGUGGGUCCCCAGAUGUUGUUGGACUACAACUCCCAUCAUCCCUGAGCUCCAGCCUUGCUAGCUAGGGGUGAUGGGAGUUGUAGUUCAAUAACAUCUGGGGACCCACAGGUUGAGAAAGUUUGCUUUAGGCAAAUGCAGUGGUAUCUGCCCACAUUCCUUCUAUACUUUCCUUACCUCUCCUCCCUCCCCCCUGCUCUCUGUUUCCCCACUUGCCUGUUUUGGAUUUUAAAGCUCAUUGGGAGUGAGGACCCACCUGCGUUGCCUUUCCUUGAGGCCCCGUAGGCAGCAAGGGUGCAGCAUAAAUAAAUCGGUGAACCUUAUAGGGUAUCUAAUGCAGGACAUGCAGGGCUAGAGCAUCCCUAACAAAUGACUUUCCAGGCUCAGCUUGAAAACGUUCAGAUUUUAAAGCUCAUUGGGAGUGAGGACUUGCCUCACUGUGAGACCCCACGUGCACCAGUGGUGCAGCAUAAAUACAUUUGGAGGUAGACCUCAGAGGACAUCCAUGACCAGAGCAUCCACAACAUACAAUUGCCCAGCCUCUGCUUGAAGACCUCCAAUACCUCUUCCUCCCUCAUAGGCUUUCCCAACGUGGGCAAGUCCUCGCUCAUAAAUGGCUUGGUGGGCCGCAAGGUGGUGAGCGUCUCCCGCACUCCAGGCCACACCAAGUACUUCCAGACCUACUUCCUGACGCCCACAGUCAAGCUGUGCGACUGCCCUGGGCUCAUCUUCCCCUCCCUUGUGGACAGAAAACAGCAGGUAAGUGCUUGUGAAGUAGGAGAGGAGUGGAGGAGACAAACAAUCUGGGAGGGAUUUGUUGCUGGGGCUUUGGGGGAGAGGGCGUGAGGUUGAACAAGGUGGGAGAUGGUAUUUGUGUUGUUUCUUCAGGAGGGCGAGUAGAACUCAAAAGUCUGGUUGGUCUCACAUUGGUUGAAAGGAAAUCUCUUGUGUCUUAAUCUGCUUCCACGGAGUAAUACAUGGGAUCUGCAAGCCCUGUAACAGGUGUGCCCUUGUGCUCUCAUUUUUAGAUCUUGGCUGGCAUCUACCCUAUUUCCCAGAUCCAGGAGCCCUACACUUCUGUGGGGUUCCUGGCCAGCCGAAUUCCAGUCCAAGCCUUGCUCAAGCUGAAACAUCCGGACGCCGAACAUGGGAAACCUGAGCCCCCGUGGUGCGCCUGGGAUGUCUGCGAAGGUAAAAGGGUAAACGAGGGUGCAGCGAGGGCAUGGCGCUGCCGUUUAGCACAGGGUAGCCAACCCAGAUGUCGUAGACCAGGGUUUCCCAAACUUGGGUUGCCAGCUGUUUUUGGACUACAACUCCCAUCAUCCCUGACCACUGGUCCUGCUAGCUAGGGAUGAUGGGGGUUGUAGUCCAAAACAGCUGGAGACCCAGUUUGGAAAAACCCUGCCACAGAUAGCAACUACCAGCCUCACUCAGCACAGCCAAUUGUCUGGGAUAAUGCAGGUGGGUGGGGUCCAUGACAUCUGGAGGGCACCAUGCUGGCAACCCUUGAUUUAGCAGGAAGGCUGAGCAUUGUCAAUACGUCUGUGAACUCUGACACCAUCUCUACCCUCUUUUUAGCCUGGGCUGAGAAGCGAGGCUACAAGACUGCCAAGGGAGCCCGCAAUGACGUCUACCGAGCAGCCAAUAGCCUCCUACGCCUGGCAGUGGACGGGCGCCUCUGUGUCUGCAUGAGGCCUCCGGGCUACUCUGCAAGGAAAGGUACCUGUGGUUAAGGAUCAAAUAAUCAAGCUUAUAAAAGCCUCACUUGAAGCAGAGUCAGCAGGAGCUAUGCAAGGGAAAGUCCUGUCUCACAAACCUAUUAGAAUUCAAUGUCAACGAGCAUGUAGAGAGUGGGGAUCUGGUUGACACAGUGUACUCGGACUUCCAAAAAAGCUUUUGACAAAGGUGCCUCAGCAAAGACUCCCGAGUAAGCUUAGCAGUCAUGGGAUAAGAAGAAGAGGUUUUGUAGUGGAUCAGGAAUUAAGGUUAAGUAUUAGGACUUGCCGAUCAGAAGGUUGGCAGUUCGAAUCCCCACGAUGGGGUGAGCUCCCGUUGCUCGGUCCCUGCUCCUGCCAACCUAGUAGUUUGAAAGCACGUCAAAGUGCAAGUAAAUAAACAGAUACCACUGCGGCGGGAAGGUAAACGGCGUUUCUGUGCGCUGAUCUGGUUCGCCAGAAGCGGCUUAGUCAUGCUGGCCACAUGACCCGGAAGCUGUAUGCCGGCUCCCUCGACCGAUAAAGCGAGAUGAGCGCCGCAACCCCAGAGUCGGCCACGACUGGACCUAAUGGUCAGCGGUCCCUUUACCUCUACCUUUAUCAGGAAGCAGAGAGUAGGAAUAAAUGGGCAGUUCUUUGAAUGAAGAGGUAGAGAAAGUGAAGCCACCAAGUUUCAACAUUGGGACCUGUACUUUUCAUAGCAUCGUGGAGUUGGAAGGGACCCUGAGGGUCAUCUAGUCUACAAUAAGGAAUCUCAAUUUAAAAGCAUCCAUGACAGAUGGCCAUCCAACGUCUGCUUUAAAACCUCCAGUGAUGGAGGGUGCACAACCUCCCGAGGGAGUCCGUUCCACUGUCAAACAGUUCUUAGUGUCAGAAAGUUCUUCCUUAUGUUUCAUUGGAAUCUCCUUUCUUGUAACUUGAAUCCAUUGGUUCAGGUCAUCAUCACCAUCAUCAUCUAGUUACAGUUAGGUAGCCUUGCUGGUCUGCUGUAGUCAAAACAAAAUAAAAAAAUUCCUUCCAGUAGCACCUUCGAGACCAACGAAGUUUGUUGUUGGUAUGCGCUUUCGUGUAUCUGAAGAAGUGUGCAUGCACACGGAAGCUCAUACCAACAACAAACUUACCGGUAGUUGGUCUCUAAGGUGUUUACCUUUUUUAAGGUGCUACUGGAAGGAAUCAGCAUCAACAUUGUCAUCAAUUUAUACCCCACCCAUCUGGCUGGGUUUCCCCAACGACUCAGGGCAGCUCCUAACAGAAUAUUAAAAACACUAUAAAACAUCAAACAUUAAAAACUUACCUAAACAGGAUUGCCUUCAGAUGUCUUACUGUCCUACUCUCCAGAGCAGGAGAAAACCAGCUUGCUCCAUCUUCCAUGUGACAGCCCUUUUGCACUUGUUCGUAAAUGAUCUGGAGUUAGAGGUAAACUAGAGGCUUAUCUCCUGGGAAUCGCGGCAAAAUGGAAGAGUAUUGAAAUUCCCUCUGUACAUGAAUGGAUACAAAAGCGGACAGAAUAUGCAGAAUUAGAUGGUCUAUCAGAAAAAAUAAAGAAUAAACCAAAACAGGAAUUUGUUUCAAAAUGGGAGGUUUUCAAAGAAUAUUUGAAAUAUAAUUACAGUAGUUUAAAUUCUGUUGCAGCAUUUGAGGAAUUUCAGUAAUAGUUGCAAGUUAGACAUGAGAGUUAAGGUAUAUUAAGAAUAAGUUAAAUUAUGAUAAAAGUGUGUAUUGGUAAUAAGUAAUAUAAAAUAGAAAUAAGGAAUAGACGGGAGGUCGGGUCUAUAGUGUUAAGAGAGCCAGUGUGGUGUAGUGGUUAAGAGCGGUAGUCUCGUAAUCUGGGGAACCGGGUUCGCGUCUCCGCUCCUCCACAUGCAGCUGCUGGGUGACCUUGGGCUAGUCCCACUUCUUUGAAGUCUCUCAGCCCCACUCACCUCACAGAGUGUUUGUUGUGAGGGAGGAAGGGAAAGGGGAAUGUUAGCCGCUUUGAGACUCCUUAAAGGGAGUGAAAGGUGGGAUAUCAAAUCCAAACUCUUCUUAAGACCAACUUACAUUUUAUUGUUUGUUAAAAAAAUUGUGUUUAUUGUUAUUCCUGUGUGUAAUUUUGUAUUUGCGUUUUCUUUUCUUUUUUUGCAUUAAUAAAUAAAAAAUAAUAAUUAUUAAAAAUAAUAAUAAUAAACCAUCAGAGAUUUAUGAAGCGCUCCGAACGGACCUCUCCAAACUGAGCACAUGGGUGGUAAAACGGCAAAUGCAGUUCAGCGUAAACAAGUGUAAAGUGAUGUGUGUUGGGACAAAAUGUCUAUAUACAGUCGUGGAAUCUGAAAUUGAGACUUUCAGGAGACAGUUCCCCACACCGUUUUACUUGAAUAUGAAAUUUGCCACCUUAGUGGCUUUCACUGGGUGACCUUUGACCCUUGGCAAUUCCUGUGAUUCUGACAGUCUCCUCUCUCUCUCUCUCUCUCUCCCCCCUUCAGCCAUGUGGGAACACCACCCUGAAACAGCUGAGAUUGCCGCUUUGCAAGAGGCCCACCGCCAUGAUGGCAAGCGCAGCUCUGGGGAGGAGGAAGAGGAGGAGGAAGACGAAAUCUCCAGCUCGGGAGAAGAAGAGGAUGACGAGAAAGACCGGGAUGCAGACGAAGAAGGCGAGGAGGAAGAAGAACCGCACUCGGCGCCCAAGAGCGGGCCUAGCCAGCCUGGCCCUUCUAGGAAGGGAAAGUUUGCUGGCCGGAACUUGUUUGCUUUGCUUGGGGAGGAUGAAUGUUAGCAGCUUCCCCUGAUGGACAGACUGAGAGGGGAUGGAUGGCUCUCUCCUCUCCCCCAUUCUGCUCCCGUCUCUACCCCCCCACACACCCCAUGUUCAUUCUCAAGCUCCAGAGCCGCUGUAUAUCAAUAAAGGUGAUGUUUAUUUCCUG